CCCGCCGGAGCGCUCGCGGCUAUAAGGGCCAGAGGCCACGGAGCACGAAGCGCACGGAGCGCCGGAGCAGAGCCAGGAUGUGCGGAAUUUUCGCUUACAUGAACUACAGAGUCCCCCGGACAAGGAGGGAGAUUUUUGAGACGCUCAUCAAGGGCCUGCAGCGUCUUGAGUACAGAGGCUAUGACUCGGCAGGUGUGGCCAUUGAUGGCAAUAAUCAUGAAGUCAAAGAAAGACACAUCCAGCUGGUCAAGAAAAAGGGCAAAGUGAAGGCUUUGGAUGAAGAACUUUACAAACAAGAGAGUAUGGACUUGAAGGUGGAGUUUGAGACGCACUUUGGCAUUGCCCACACGCGCUGGGCCACCCACGGGGUCCCCAGUGCUGUCAACAGCCACCCUCAGCGCUCAGACAAAGGGAACGAAUUUGUUGUCAUCCAUAAUGGGAUCAUCACAAAUUACAAAGAUCUGAGGAAAUUUCUGGAAAGCAAAGGCUACGAGUUUGAGUCGGAAACAGACACAGAGACCAUCGCCAAGCUGAUCAAAUACGUGUUUGACAACAGGGAAACUGAGGACAUUACUUUUUCAACACUGGUCGAGAGAGUCAUUCAGCAGUUGGAAGGCGCGUUUGCGUUGGUUUUCAAGAGCUUGCACUACCCAGGAGAAGCGGUAGCCACAAGGAGAGGCAGCCCACUGCUCAUCGGAGUGCGCAGCAAAUACAAACUCUCCACGGAGCAGAUCCCCGUCUUAUACAGGACAUGCAAUGUUGAGAAUGUGAAGAAUAUCUGUAAAAAGAGGAUGAAGAGGCUGGACAGCUCCACCUGCCUUCACGCUGUGGGCGACAAAGCCGUGGAAUUCUUCUUUGCUUCUGAUGCAAGCGUGGUGUUCCCCCUCGUCGCCACCCGGCCUGGUGGUGGUGGCACCCUUUUUUCUUCUGGCCUCUUCUCCCGCUCCGCCUCUCUUCGGGCCCUUGCUCUGGCUCCAGCAAAGCAUGCAGAAGAGGGGCUCUCUGUGAGUGACGCUGUCACAGGGAGCGCAUCUCUCAGGCAUCCGGUAGGGGACCUUUCUCAGCACAUGGUAUGCAGACAAGCUGUGAUGCCUUUACAGUGCCCGCCACCGGGUCCUGCCCUGUGCUCUCUGCCUGUGCCCCUCUCGUGUGUCCCUGCAGCACCGUGUUACACGCGAUCCCUCGAAGCCCAGCUGCCCUGCGUCUCUGCGGUGCCCAGGAUGGACUUCAGCCUCUGUUCCUUUUGUCUUCAGACACGACAAGUGCUGGAGGAACUGACCGAGCUCCCUGUGAUGGUUGAACUUGCCAGCGAUUUCCUGGACAGGAACACACCUGUCUUCAGGGAUGAUGUCUGCUUUUUCAUCAGCCAGUCCGGCGAGACCGCGGACACGCUCCUGGCGCUGCGCUACGUGGGCGUCACCAACACCGUGGGCGGCUCCAUCUCGCGCGAGACCGACUGCGACUGCGGCGUCCACGUCAGCGGCUCGGAGAUCGGCGUGGCCAGCGCCAAGGCCUACACCAGCCCGUUCAUCUCCCUGGUGAUGUUUGGCUUGAUGAUGUCUGAAGACCGGAUUUCGCUACAAAACAGGAGGCAAGAGAUCACCCGGGGCCUGCGGUCCUUCCCCGAGCUGAUCAGGGAGGUGCUGUCCCUGGAAGAGAAGAUCCACGACCUGGCCCUGGAGCUCUACACACAGAGGUCCCUUCUGGUGAUGGGCAGGGGCUACAACUAUGCCACGUGCCUGGAAGGAGCCUUGAAAAUUAAAGAGAUAACCUACAUGCAUUCGGAAGGCAUUCUGGCCGGGGAGCUGAAGCACGGGCCCCUGGCACUGGUUGACAAGCAGAUGCCAGUCAUCAUGGUGAUCAUGAAGGAUCCUUGUUUUGCCAAAUGCCAGAACGCUUUGCAGCAAGUCACAGCCCGCCAGGGUCGCCCGAUUAUACUGUGCUGCAAGGAUGACACUGAGAGUUCUAAGUUUGCAUACAAAACCAUCGAGCUGCCCCACACCGUGGACUGCCUGCAGGGCAUCCUGAGCGUGAUCCCGCUGCAGCUUCUCUCUUUCCACCUGGCUGUGCUCCGAGGAUAUGAUGUUGACUUCCCCAGAAAUCUGGCCAAGUCUGUCACUGUGGAAUGAGGAGAAUCGUGACCAUUAGUCUGUUCGAGACCUGUCACGCAGCGGAUGCCACAGGGGAAAGUGAGCACUCCUGGUGCCGCGUGUUCCCAGUAGAGCUUGACAGCUGCGAUGUGCCUUGUACCCAAGUGCUUUUGCUUACAGCAAAUACUGUCUCUGUGUCCUGAAGUCGCCUGAGGAGAAGAGGAUUAUUGUUUACACACGGGGGUCAGAGCAGACUUUCCCACUGCUGUGCAAUAGAUAUAUGGCUCUCUCAGAGUAACUGUGAACCUUUUAAACCAACACUAGUUAGUUUUAAAAAACGAAGUAUUUAUAAUGACGACUGUAUAGCUUAAGUUAUUUUUCUAUAUGUGGCUUUCUGUAGCCACGGUAAUACCCAGACUCUUCACCUCAGCUACCCACUGCACUGGCUCUGGGUUCGCUCCUGGUGAGUGGCCUUCAUCGCAGAUUGAGCACAAGGGAUUGACCAUCUGGACUUCUUCGCCCUUCCCUCCUCCCUGGGCUGCUCCUGGCUCUGUCCUCUGAUGUCAGUGAAGCCCUCCAGCCAUCUUCCUCUGCCCUCCCUAAGUCCAGUUGACAUUUCAGCUUCCUCCAAUACUUUUUUCUGUUUUAGGGCCCAAAUCCGACCAACUGUCUGACUUAGGUUGAAUCAGACAAUGGUUCUUUAUAAGCCCAAGCAGCAUUUUGGUCCCUGCUCCCCUACCCAUAUUAGAUAUUAGAACAGCUUGAAAAGUCCCAUGCAGGAGGGCAGUUUCAAGUGGGCUACCCUGGUCUCUAUUCAAAAGCGCGCACAAUCAAAGUACUAUGCAAUUUUAAGACAAUAAAGACAGUACAUUUGCA